UCCUCCACCAAGCCAAAACGAGAGCUCUCUCUGUUCCUCUCCCGUCUCUUUCCCCCCGCCCAAAAAUCUCAUCUCCCAAUCUUAGUUGGCUCCCACUUUUCCAUUCCCAGCUCCAAAUACCCAAAAGAAGAAGCCAAUUUCCACCUUCACUUCAUCCCUAUUCCGGGUUCCCUUCUUCCUUUUCUGGACUGUUACUCUGCCCCUAAAUUCCCCAUUCAUUAACCAAAACCGAAGCUUCCAAGUUUAACUUUGAGCGCGGCUUUACUGCCUUAAUUACUCCAUUUACGCAUUUAUUUUCUUGCUUUCUCCCCAUUUAAUAAUUCACGCUCUCCUAUAUAAUAACAUUCCAUGGCCAUGAAUGUUAUUAUUAUUAUCUCCUCCUUGUACAUCCAUUAACGGAGUAAUCCCCUGUUUUUUCCCCCCUUUCAAUCCUCCUCCAAUACGAGCUCUCCUCUCUCCCCCCGAAUUGAAUUCUGUAAAGAUGAUGGGAUUGACAUUAGCUCAUUAUGGUUACUCGGUCUCUUUUACCGUCGUGGUGGUUCUUCUCCUGCUGCCGCGCUUUUGCUCGGCCGACGACGACGAAAGGCUCAUGGUGCCCAUGACUCUGGUCCGCGACGCCGACGAUGCCGGCGCCGUUUGCUUGGACGGGAGCUUGCCUGCGUAUCAUCUCCGCCGAGGUUCCGGCGCUGGAGCUACCAAUUGGCUUUUGCAGUUCGAGGGAGGCGGGUGGUGCAACGACGUGGAUUCGUGCCUGAUCAGAGCAGGAACACGGCGGGGAUCCACCACACUGAUGAACAAGCAAGAAGUCUUUUCUGGCAUCUUGAGCAACAAUGUUUCUCUUAACCCAGACUUUUACAAUUGGAACCGGGUGAAGCUUAGAUACUGCGACGGAGCCUCCUUCACCGGAGAUUCCCAGUUUCGCAACGAGUCAUCGGUUCUUUACUUCAGAGGGCAGAGGAUUUGGGAUGCCAUCAUCACCGAUCUCCUCCCCAAAGGCCUGGCCGACGCGAGCAAGGCACUGCUUUCCGGUUGCUCUGCUGGUGGAUUGUCAGUUUUUCACCACUGCGAUGAUUUCUCCAGGAAGUUACCCAACGCCACGGUAAAAUGCCUGACUGACGCUGGAUUCUUCCUGGACGCGAAAGACAUAUCUUCAAAUUAUACCAUGAGGACCUUCUACGAGGAUCUGGUCACGCUUCAGGGGUCAGAGAAGAAUCUGAAUGAGGACUGCAAAGCUUCCCUCGCCAACCCCAAGCUGUGCUUCUUCCCGCAGUACGCUCUGAGAUACAUCACAGCACCGUUCUUCCUCUUGAAUUCAGCUUAUGACGUGUACCAGAUAAACCACAUAUUGGUCCCGCCUUCUGCGGAUGUGCAGGGACUCUGGAACAAUUGCAAGACCCAAUUGUCAGAGUGCAGCACUGCUCAGAUUAACCUCUUGCAAGGAUUCAGGCGAGAGAUGUUGCGAGCAAUGUUAUUUGUUUACAGAGGUUCAAGUAGAGACGGGAUGUUCAUAAACUCAUGCUUCUCUCAUUGUCAGAGUGAGUUGCAACCCACAUGGCUUACUCUUGAGUCGCCCACUAUACACAACAAGGUUCACCAAUCUUAUUCAUUUUUUGUUUUUUGUUUUGACACCAUAUUAAAUAUUUUAGUAGAAUGAAGGUAACAUUUGCGAGGUUGAUUGGGUUUUGCGCAGACAAUAGCAGAGGCUGUUGGUGACUGGUAUUUUGGCAGGAAUGUAACCAAGUUAAUCGACUGCCCUUAUCCAUGUGAUCGACAUUGUCAUAACCUUAUACCUCAGACUGUUCAGAAUGAUGAUUUGUGAAGAAAAAAUUGUAUUAGAUAAUACUAUGGUAACAUAUAUAUAAUUCGUUACUCGAAGAGUGUAGAUAAAAUAGAUACACUAUAUACAAAAACUUUUUUGCCAUGGGAGGGUCAUCUGUAGGCUUAGCAAUUCACCUUAGGGCAUGGAAAGGAGAAAAAGGAUGCAUCUUCAGUAAAAAAAUGCAAGAACAUCCUUCAUAGCUUCCUUCAUUUACUAGUAAAAUGCUAGAGUUAUGAGAGGGUUUUUCGAAUUGUUACCAUUGUUUCAGAUUUUCUGGAGGAAUCAAAUUCAAUUAAGAUGAUUGUCCUUGUUCUGAUUUCUUUAAUCAUGUAGUAAUCUUUUUUUUUUUUUACUUUUGAAAAGUGAAACGGUUAUUAGUGAAUAAUAUUCAUGCUAAUUGCUAUA